UUUGGGAGGCCGCUGAACUGCUUCACUUUGGAUAUUGAAGGAAGUGACGAAUCCGCAAUAGUAGGAGAGAGAGAGUGAGAAAAAAAACUCCAGAGGAGAAAAACAGAAAGUAAGACUGAAGUCAGCGUGAAGCGCACUGUACUGAAUGAACGCGAGUCGGCAGAAGCUCCCGAAUCAAAGCUCUCUCAAUGAGAGGCGCGAGACGAGUGAAACCCCAGAUUGAUCCGUGUGUGACGCGGCUCUCCUAAAUGUUUAUUUACCAAACGUGAAAAGUAUCUAGACCUGUUUUAAAGUACUUAAUGCAUGCCUUUGUAUAUCCAGCCUCCAAAAAAUAUGAACGAAGUUGUGAAAGUGGAGCAGCUGUGAUGUUUUGAGGAGGUCUAUGUGAAGAGUCUUGUGGAAUGAGUCUCACCGCAUCAGCGACUGUUAUUCCGGUGGACUGUCCUUCUGAGCUCGCACUUUGAGUUUUAGGAUUAUCUGGAAUGUUUGCGAGGUGGAUUUCACCGGGUUCAGUUCGGUUAACUGUUUUGCUUUGGCUGUUCACGGUGUCAGAAACUCUCGGGUCUGCUUCUGAGCUGAAGGUGAGGGUUCGUUUGGCCGAUGGACAGAUCACAGAUGAACUUCUGGAGGCGGACAGUGAGAAAGACUCCAUCACUGUGGAGUUUAAACAGGGAGAUGGGACUCUUAUAACAUUUGUGGCCGAUUUCAAGCAGGAUGUGAAGAUCUUCCGGGCGCUGAUCCUUGGGGAACUGGAGAGAGGGCAGAGCCAGUACCAGGCGCUCUGCUUCAUCACACGGCUCAACCACAAUGAGAUCAUCCCCAGUGAGUCCAUGGCCAGACUGCGACAGAAAAAUCCCCAUGCCAUCCGCACAGCAGAAGAAAAAAGAAACACGGAGAUGCUGAGCAUGAACGUAGCAGUCAAUUUGACACGGAUGUGGCAGCUGAGCACCCACAUCCACAACAUGUGCAACGUCGCCCAGGAGGCUGUGUACACGCGUGAGGCUGAUGUCAGACACUGGCUGGACAGAGGCGUGGAGGGCUCUAUGUUCAAACCUCAAGCAGUGGAGGAGCCAGGCCUGCAGAGCUGCGGGACAGUGAAGGACCUGUGGCAGCCCUGCUUGUGUAGUUACAACCUCAGACUGGAAUGGUACCCCUGCCUGCUGAAGUACUGCCGCAACAGAGACGUCUCCGGCAGGGGCAGCCCAUAUAAAUGCGGCAUCAAGAGCUGCAGCAAAGGCUACAAGUUUACUUACUACAUACCCCAUAAACAGCUGUGCCUAUGGGAGGAAGAGACCUAGAUCCACAUAUGCUCCUGCAAAAACAUAUUUAAUGUGACCUUCACCACAGGUUUCAUUCACCUUCAAGCCUUCAGACUCGUGCCUUCUGCACAAAGCAGAAAUGAUGCUGGAUGGGUGUUGAUGGAGCGUCAAUUGAGCAGCGCUAAUGCUCUCAUUUGGUUUCUCCAGAGCAGUUGCCCAAAUCUUUAAGCUAGUCAGUAGUUUUAACUCUUCUUACUCUUACCAGCACUGUUGGAAUGAGUAUCUUUUGAGUCUUAAGACCCAGGUGAGUUUGGGACGAGCAACCUGUGAUUUAGUCAGUAUAUAACAAGAUGUGAUCUUAAAAUUAGCUGGAUCUCGUCAGGUUGCCAAUUUUACUGAAACUGGUAUUAUUUAUUUUGCUGUGGGAAAUGAUUUAAGACACUUAAGCACAGUGUGCAUGUUCAGAGAAAAUGCCCUUUUGUCUCUUAGUUUAUUCGUUUUAUUUCAAGUUCUAUAUUUUGACUGUUAGAUUCAAAGCACUGUAUUAAGUUCAUGGUGGACGUACGCAUACUUUGAUUAAUAUUGGUACAGACAUAAAAAGCUAUUAAUUGAGUCAUUCAACAUUCAGUUCAGACAGAUUCAAUCAUGUUAGUUAUUACACCUCAACUCUUAAUGCUGGGAUUCUUUGUGAGUGUAUGUGUUUUCAUUUACAUAAGGAUGAACUCGUCUUUAUUCCAUUGCACAACAGUAUAAUUUAAGGAGCAGCUGGAUCAAUAUUAUUAACUCCUAGUUUGAAGUAUGAACUCUCAUUAGUUGGGAACAGGCAGCACUGCAAAUGUGGCAUGAGGAAACUAAAGUAAGUGUUUGUUCUGGUAAAACAGCGAGAUGGUAAAUCAUACAGAGAAAGGCAUCAGGCUGAUGAAAUCAUGUUUAGAUUGUCACUACUAUGGAUCCAACACUGCCAUCUCCUGGUUAUGUAGCAUCACUGUCACUCAGGCUCCUCCUAUCAGUAUGACCUCAGAACAUCAGCAGAGCUGUGGAACCAUCACAAAUACGGAUUCACAUCCUUUUGUGUGGUAUCAAAUGUCCGAGAGGAAAUCACUUUCAUUCAACAGGACCAAAUCCACAGACUGAGCACUAUCAUGAAGAAUAGAAACUGUAUUAUUGUUCCACAUUUCACUACAUUCGCCUUCAACUCACGACUCACCUCUCUUACUAUACAAAUGUUCAUGUUUAACAAGCCACAGUUGACUUGAUUGUAGUUUAUGGUACUAAAAUGUUUAUGCUGAUUUAUUUAAUUUUUUUAUUUCGUUUUUUGUUUGAAAGUGAUUAAGUGUUAUGUUGAAUGUGUUUGAUAUUACACCUCUCCUAUCAACAGCCAUUAAGUGCCUUGGUGAUUCAGUGUUUACUGAUUCUUUUUAAGGAUAAAGCUGUUAAGAAUAGAGUAUCAAAGCUAUUUUCUUAUGAAAAUGAAUAUGAGCAUAAUAUGAAGUAAUUUUAAAUAAAAGCUUCAGCAAAGUGUCUUUUAUAAAAGUGUCUCCUUUUUAACUGUUAGAAAUUUGUUUUUUAAUGUGUGUGCGGAGCUGCAAAAUUCUGUUUUGGUGUCAAACCACCUAUAUGUUUGGU